AUGCCUCCAGCACAAUUAUAUCAUUGGUAUGAUGUUAAUCUUCGAAUGAGAAUGUUAGGUAUUGAAACAAAAAAAGUAGCUAAAAUGAAUGAAGAAGCAGCUGUUAUACUUGGUGCUGAUAUAUUGGGUGAAGGGGUAAUUUUAUGUGUUGCUAUUGCUGGUUUGGCUCUUGAAUAUGCAAGACGUUCAAAAAAUGAUACAGAAAAAGAAGCACGUCAUCAAGAACGAUUAGCUAAAAUGGAAAGACAAUUAUCCGAACUUGAAAUAACUUUAACUAAUCAAUCAGCACAUCUUUUAGAACUUGAACGUCUAAUACAAAAUAAAGUAUCACCACCAUCAAAAUCAUCUUCGUCCACAUCAUUUCCUUCAUCAGUUGCAUCAUUAUUAUCGUCAAAUAACAAACAAGUAGCACAAGCUUACUCAAUUGUUGACCUAUCAUCACAUCGAUCACCACUUAUACAAUUACAUACGAUCGAUUAUUUAUUUUUUCCUAUGGCAUACGCAAUUAAACAAACGAAUGACUUUAUUGUAUCAUUAUUCAAGCAAUGGUCUUCAUUGGGAAGAACAAAAUAG